GUGAGAGUCGGUGGCGGAGCCAGGCUUGGCCUCCCGGUUCCGGCUCCUGCCCCAGCACCCAGUUUUCCCAGUCUGCAGCCUGGCCCUUGCUCUGGACUCUGGUCUUAACACCUGCACACUGGUGGGGAGCCUGAAGGUGGAGCCGUUCUCUGACGGCAGGAGGCCGAAGUGGGUGCUUGUCCCUACGGGGUCGGACCGUCCACCUCGAUUGUGACUCUGCUGACCUCGGCGCUGGAGCUGCUGCAUGACCUGCAGCCUGUCACGGCUCCCCUCAGCCUCAGCAUCGCCUUCUGUGAGACGGGAAGGCAGGAAUCCGUCGGCAGAGCUGGGGGUGGAGCUGGCAGUGUGUGGCAGGUCCCUUCUCUGCUACCCCGGGCUCGCUGGACGCCCCCUGGCAUCCUCUAAACCCCCGAGCCGCUCCCCGCCCCUGCAUCCAUGACCCCUUCUAGGUGGCCUUGGGGUUUUGGCAGGACCAUCUGUUUGGAGGCCUCUGGAGGGAACCCACCAGCUCCUGCCUGGAGCCGCCCUGAAAUCCUGGGCUUUGUCCACAAAGCAGCCCCUAUGCCCUUGGGCCUGUCCCACAGGAGCCGGGGCGCCAAACCGCCCUCAGCUCCCAGAGGUUUGGAACGAGGCUCCCUCGUGAUGGAGCAAAGCUGCUUGCCUUGAGGUCACCCGAUUCACACGGAACCCAACCUUUCUCUGGCCUGUGCACUGGGCUGGGGGUGCAGGGCCAGCUGUCCUUCAGGUCUGGGAGCUGCGGUCAAGGUCCUGCAGGGCUGCAGACAUUUAACAGAGGGCGUCCUCUCCUCCCCCGCGUGUCCCCCCCCUUCUCCGAGUACAACAGACUGGAGGCCGAGUGUGGCCAGGCAGCUUCCUGGUGCCCCCCCCCCCGAUGACGGCGAGACAGGCCAGGACUCCGGCCAGCUCCAUCUGCCUCCCACGUGGGCUCGGCCAGCCUUUGCCUCUCUGGGCUCCAUCCCCACCCGCCACCCCUCCCCCAGCUCAACUCAUCCGUCACCAGGGACAGAGACUGUCACCCCCAAGAGGGCCUCUGGGCUGGGGGUCUUGGAAGACUCUUCCCUGCUUGAUGAGGGCUGAGGGCCCCAAACCCCUGUGACAUCCCAGGGGUCGCCAGGCUGGAAUCCCACGGACUUUCCCUUGGGGGAAGGAACCGGAAGCGCCAAGGUGCCCCCUGGUGCCCCUGGAAUUGCUGGGAGCCGUCCACCCAGACGCCAGUCUCGGGGGCCCCAGCCUGGCAGACACCGGCCUUUAAAAAUAUUAUUCACCAAGCGAUUCCGGAGACUGUUUACAAGACUGAGCUGAGACAGGCGCGUGGAAGAGGCCAAAGUACCUUAAAAAGCAUCCUUCAGGGGGAAAAAAAAGCCAAACAAAAAACAAAACCCUCUCAGAUCCCAGGUUGUAAAUAGAUGGAUAUUACUAUAAAAAUAUUUUUGGCUGCAGAAGCACAUGGCAGGAAGGCUGGGGGCGGUUUUUUCCAUGGUUAGCUUGGGCCUGGCGUCUCCAAAUGGGGCAGCCACCGUCCAGGGCGGUGUCCUGUGGGAUCAUUCGCACCAAAAAGCCCCAGCUUGAGGGGAGAGCGAGGACUAGGAAUAGCACACAGCGUGCACACUUGCCAGCAGGGAGCGGGGCCUUCGCCUCCCCUGCAGCUGGCUCCCUUUCCCGGUCCCAGCCGGCCGGCUCUCUGAGCACCCUUGCCCCCCGCCCCUCCGCAGAUGGGGAGGCGAGGCUGAGCCUCUGUAGGCCCUGAGGCUGGACUGGAGCCAGGUCUGCAGGGCUCUGGACUCCGGGCUCGCCCCACUGUGCCCGCGGCCUGGAGCCCUGGGAGAGGCUGGGGCUGGGGGACGCCUUCGCGGGUCUCUGAGGAAUAGAGGCCCCCUCUCGCAUCCUCAGCGGAUCCGCCUGCGUGUGGCUCCCUGGCUCCAGGCGCCAACAGUUCCGAAUGGAGUCUCAAGUUUUCCGUGGCCAGGGGUGGGAGGAGUGGGGCUGGGCGCCCAGGUCCCAGGCAACCCACUGUCUCAAGCAGGUGACUUUGGAUGCUUGAGCUCAGCCUUCGAGGCCUCCAGGACCAGCUUUCCCACAAUUGCCCGGCGUGUUCUGACCUGCCCGCUGAACGGGCUGUUCCUGCGACGUGCCGACUACCUCCCACCUCCGGGCCCUGCUCAUGCCGGUCCUUCUGCCUGCAGUGCUCUCAGCCCUGCUUCUAUCUGAUGAAAACCUCCCUCCUUCGAAACCCAGCUCAGGAACCAGCCAUGCCCAGAAGCUGUCCAGGCCCCCUGGCUGGACACGUCUCAUCCUCCGGUCACUGUUCUCCCACUCCCGGGCUGCCCGUGACUCUCCGUCUCAAACAGCAGCUCCUGUGGGCGUGUCCUACCUGCCCUCUGCGCUGGGGCUCCCAGGGGCCUAAGCCAGCGAUGACAGCAGUGGUCGCAGCAUCACUUACGGAGCUCCUCUUCCUUGAGGCCAGACUCUGCCUGUAUGACCUCAAUGAGCCACCUCCGUGACUCAGCAGGAGGGGGUGGCCAUGCCCACUUCACAGAUGAGAAGACUGAGACACAGAGAAGGGAGUGACGGACCGGGCCACACAGCUGGUGAGAGGCAGAGCUGGGAUCCCAUCCACGCCCGUCCAGCUGGGACCACACCUCCACCCAAGGACCCAGCCCGAGCACAGGGUCUGGCCUCGUGGUGAGCGCUGAGCAGAUGUUUGUCGAAUGACUGACUGAUCUACGGCACUGGACAUGGGGACCACUCACGUUUCUCUCACCCCCUCACCCCCACCCACACAGCCUCGCCUUCUCCACUCAUGACCUGGGGUGACACAGCAUGGAUGGCCUGUCCCCACGGGGUGGGGCAGGAAGGCAGUGCUGCAUCGAAGGUCACUGGGGACCCCUGAGGCCUGGGCAAACUUACCCCUCGGUGGCCCAGAGGUUCCAAGGACAGGCCUUGGGCUCAAAGGUUGGCUUCCCCCCUCACCACAGAGUGACGUGUCCCACGGUGUCCCCUCUCCUAGCCUUGCUGUCCUCACCAGCCAGGUGGAAUGGCAGUGCCCGCUGCCCACAGGUUGUUGGGAUGAUCAGCAAAGAAGUGGGUGCCAUGGCUCCGGGUCACCUAUGCCCAGAGGGGCGGCCGAGUGGUGAGGGCAUCUGGCCUCCUCCUUGCCAGGAGAGGCGAGGUCUGCUACAGGUCAGGAGGACAGGAUAGGACGAUGGGUGCACACGCGAAGGGCCGUGCCAGAGGAGCUGGAGACAGGCCUUCGAAGUGGGGCUUUCUCCCCAGACGUCAGCACCAUGGCUGCUCCUUCCUGCAUGCUUGCCAGCCCCCAGCCCUGGCAGGAGGAAACCAGGUUUAGAAUCGGGUGGCCGUGGUUUGGAAAGGGGGGAGUGGGUUUGCUGUGAUGACAGUGGAUGAGAACCACAAUUAAAUAGGCUGCUGCUUGGGGCAGGGGAUGGUGGUGGACCGGGCGCAGUGGGCAGGUGGCCCAGGAUCCAGCAACCAGGAGGCCUUCUAGAGUGGGGGAGGGGAGCACAGGUCAAGCAGAAGCCAGGAGGACAGGACAAGCCUGGGCCAUGACCUGUGGUUGUGCGGGGGGAGGGAGGGCUCCCCAACCAGCGCUUUCCCCCCUGCUCCUGCCCCAGGUGGCUCUGGGGUCUUCCUCCUGGAGGGGUCUCAGUGGCCCUGGUGGUAUCUGACUCCUGGCUGCCCGGUGGGAGGGGUCCUGUUGCUCCUCCAUUCCACAGAGGGCAGGUGAAGCCCAGAGGGGUGAUGAGGCUUCUCCAGGUCUCACAGGUGGCAGGUAGGACUUCCUCUCUUGCCAAGAGCCGUGGUGGUCCCUGGGCAGCGGUGAUGGCCACCCGCUCUCAGUCAUCACCCCCUUCCCUAUUAGAGGCCCCCCCACCCCCCACCUGGCAGCUGGGUGACCUUGGGACGCCCCCCUGCCUCCUGGAGCCUGGAUCACCACAGGUUCACCUUUGGGAAUAUAGGUGUCCCAUGGCAGCAAGCGGUGGGGCGGGGCAGGGGUGGGGUGAGGAGGGAAGCACAGCCUGGCGCCUGGGCUGCGCCUGCUCAGGAGGCUCUGCUCCGCGCAGACUUCUCCACCCAGGUGAACUCCUCUUCCCUCAACUCCCCCACGGGCCGCGGCUCCAUGGCCGCCCCCUCGCUGCACCCCUCCCUGGGGCCCGGCAUCGGCUCCUCGCUCGGCUCCCCCGGACAGCUGCACUCGCCCAUCAGCACCCUGAGCUCCCCCAUCAACGGCAUGGGCCCGCCCUUCUCGGUCAUCAGCUCCCCCAUGGGCCCCCACUCCUUGUCGGUGCCCACCACCCCCACCCUGGGCUUCGGCACCGGCAGCCCCCAGCUCAGCUCGCCCAUGAACCCGGUCAGCAGCAGCGAGGACAUCAAGCCCCCGCUGGGCAUCAACGGGGUCCUCAAAGUCCCGGCCCACCCCUCAGGGAACAUGGCGUCCUUCACCAAGCACAUCUGUGCCAUCUGUGGGGACCGCUCCUCAGGCAAGCACUACGGGGUGUACAGCUGCGAGGGCUGCAAGGGCUUCUUCAAACGGACGGUGCGCAAGGACCUGACCUACACGUGCCGCGACAACAAGGACUGCCUGAUCGACAAGCGCCAGCGGAACCGGUGCCAGUACUGCCGCUACCAGAAGUGCCUGGCCAUGGGCAUGAAGCGUGAAGCCGUGCAGGAGGAGCGGCAGCGGGGCAAGGACCGCGGAGAGAACGAGGUGGAGUCCACGAGCAGCGCCAACGAGGACAUGCCGGUGGAGAAGAUCCUGGAGGCCGAGCUGGCCGUCGAGCCCAAGACCGAGACGUACGUGGAGGCGAACGUGGGGCUGAACCCCAGCUCGCCCAAUGACCCCGUCACCAACAUCUGCCAAGCGGCCGACAAGCAGCUCUUCACCCUGGUGGAGUGGGCCAAGCGGGUCCCGCACUUCUCCGAGCUGCCCCUGGACGACCAGGUCAUCCUGCUGAGGGCAGGCUGGAACGAGCUGCUCAUCGCCUCCUUCUCGCACCGCUCCAUAGCCGUGAAGGACGGCAUCCUCCUGGCCACCGGGCUGCACGUGCACCGCAACAGCGCCCACAGCGCGGGGGUGGGCGCCAUCUUUGACAGGGUGCUGACGGAGCUGGUGUCCAAGAUGAGGGACAUGCAGAUGGACAAGACGGAGCUCGGCUGCCUGCGCGCCAUCGUCCUCUUCAACCCGGACUCCAAGGGACUCUCGAACCCGGCCGAGGUGGAGGCCCUUCGCGAGAAGGUCUACGCGUCCCUGGAGGCGUACUGCAAACACAAGUACCCCGAGCAGCCCGGAAGGUUCGCCAAGCUGCUGCUGCGCCUGCCGGCUCUGCGCUCCAUCGGCCUCAAGUGCCUGGAACACCUCUUCUUCUUCAAGCUCAUCGGGGACACGCCCAUCGACACCUUCCUCAUGGAGAUGCUGGAGGCCCCCCACCAAAUGACCUAGGCCCGCGGGCCGCCCUCCGCCUGGCCGCCGGCCGCUCUUCUCAGCCAGCUCGUCUGCCCCCGCUCGCCUGGCUGUUUGGACUCCGGGAGUGGCCCGUCCCUGCUAAGCCUGAGAUGUGCUGCCACCCUGUUACCUUCCAUUCUGCUCGUCUGGACCGGGCAGCGGCUUUCCUGGGGCGGCCGCUGGAGUGGCAGGAGCCGGCGGGAGCCCCGGCCAGGCCCGCCAGGCUCUCCCCGGGGGACGCCCGGGGGACUCACGGGUCUUGGGCCCCUGGCCCUGGAGCUGCCCCCCCGUCAGAGGGCAGCUUCGUUCGGUCACGGUUGUCGCUGGUUUGGGAAGUCUCCCGUGCGAGGUCCUCUGUGUGGGGUGCCCUGCCUUCGCGGCCCGCCAGCCCGGGCCCACCCACCAGCAGGAGGAGGGGACGGGUGGGGUGGGGGGGCGGGCGUUUCAUGGAGGAAGGCCCCUCCUGGCCCCCAGGGAGAGGAGAGGGGCUCGGGGGCGGGUGGCCUCGCCUUCCCUCAGAGCCAAGGGUGAGGAGCCACCCCCUUUUCCAAAGAUGACUUUCCGCUUCACCCCCGAGCCAAUCAGAACAGGAGCCGACCUCUGCGCAGGGCUGGGGCCACCUCAAGGCUGCAGAGACGGGGGUCGCCCACCCCCACCUCCGCUUUCCCUUUGCGUUGUCGUGGUUUCAGCUUCUUGCCCAACGUGGGCCCGCACACCCCAGGGUGCCCCCGAUCUUCCACGGCCGGCCCCUGGGCCUGGAGGGCUGGCCUGCUGUCUGCCCUUCCUGGAACCCCUGGGGGGGGCUAGGCCGACUCGGGCUCUGCUGACCUCUCAAGGCCAGAGGUCACCCCCCAGCAGGCCCACGGGGAUGGAGGGAGGAGGGUUGGUCCUUGGGCAGCCGUGUCCAAGGAUGGAGAGCUGGAGGGACGUGUGGGCACAGCCGGGGCUUGGGGGGUGGGGAGGCCUCGGUCCAGAGCUCUCUGGGGCACAGACCCCUGGCGGGCUCUUCGGAUCAGGGCCCUUGAGUGCCAGCAUCCUCAGCUGGAUGCCCCUUGGCGUCCGGUCUGGGUGACGGAGCCCCGAGUGGGAGCUCCAGCAACACCUGCUCUGGCCGAGGGCCCCCCUCCAGCCCUGGGCCCUUCGCUCUGUAACGCCCCCCCCCAGGUCUCACUGCUUUGCCUUUAGGGCCUCUAACCCCGUGAACCCAGCCUUCGCCAGUAGUGGGGGCCUGACCUGGGCGGGGGGCGGGGGUUGCAUCUUCCCAGCCCCUCAGGGGGAGCUCUGUCAAGCCCGUCUUCCCCCUGCCCCCACCAGAGACCCGGAGCUGGGGUGAGGGCAGGGCUUGUGCCCGCUCUCCCCGAGGCCGCGUCCCCAGGUGGUGCGGGCCCUGACUGGGGCUCCCCCGCACCCCUGGGGCUGGGUGGGGAGAGGCCGGCCUCCAGGCCUCCGUGGGGAAGAGUCCGUUCUUCGCUGUCCCAAGUCUGGCCCAAGAGGAGCGUGAGGCCUGGGUGCAGGUGUGGGAGAGUCCACGGACGCCCCCGUUCUCUUGCCCCACCCCCAGCCUGGUGGCCCAGGAGAGGCGAGGCGUCCCCUGCCCCGUGGGCACUUUCCCUGUCCACCCUCUGAGGCAGAGAUGGGGCGAGCCAGGCCUGCCCAACUGUCCCUCCUCCCAGACUCUCCCCGAAGGUCUUGGCAGCCUUUGGGGGCAUGGCGGUGUCAGGCAGGGUGACACAGGCGCCCUCGGGUCCUCCCUCCGGGGACCCCUACACCCAGCACCCCUGGUGCCUUCUGCAGCCAGGUGCACCCCGUCCGCACCCGGCCCCUCCGGCUCCCUCGGGCCUCUCGGGAACGUGGUGGCUCCCGUGGAGACAGCCCAGGUUGGAGCCCUGUGUUGGGGGGCCGCCUCUCGGGCUGGCCACGUGGCCAGCCCUGAGGUCCCCAGGCCACCCCCUCGCGAAGGCAGAGCCUCCCCAGCCCCUGGCCGCCCGAGGCCAUUCCCGCAGCAUCUUGGGCCGUGGGGCCGCCCUCCCCGCUCCAACCCGGUUUGCGGUCAUGGUCCGCGUGGCGCUGUUGGAAAAGGAGACGGUGGGGGAAGGGCCGACUCCGCAGAGAGGUCGCCAGAUGUAACCAGCCCUCCUAGGGUGACCAAGCUGGUUCAACUGAGGUGGUUUUUGUAAUUAUUAUUAUUAUUAUUAUUGUUUGGUGGGACAAUCUUUAAUUUUCUAAAGAUAACACUAACAUCAGCUCGUUAGCCACCGUGUGCCCGGCCCGCCUCGGCCGGCUGGUGUUUCCAGCGUGCUCCCCCGAGGCGUCACCUCCCCGCCUGGACAUCAGAUGGGGCCCCCGGGGCCAAGGAGUGAAGAUGACCGUGUCCUGGGGCCCGACGGUGUCAGCACGGCUGGCCUCAGGGGACGUCCACCGGACAGCUCCCCUGUCGGCCGCCCGCCGCCCUGCCUCGGGGCGGGGAGACGGCGCGGACUCCCGUGUCCGGGUGUCCGGGGGGGCUUCAGGCUGGCAGGUCCGUGGCAAAGCGCUGGAGACCCUCCUCCGCGGGGGCCCCUGGGAGGGCCCGGCUGGAACGCGCAGCCCUUGGAAAUGGGCUGAUGUUGUCCCCAUCACGGAAAGCGGGCGUGUGCGCAGACCUGUGCGCCCCCCGCAGACACGCAGCGGCUACCAGCGUCUCCUGUUUGUUUUCCACCAAGACUCCCCCCGGCCCCCGAUUUCCUAUAAAUUUGCUUCAUGUAAGCAGGUGCGUAAGGACCCCGCCUUUGGUGAAAUCCGGGAUCGAGUGACUGUCUCGAGGCCAGGAGAUGCAUCUAUUUUCAGAUGCUUUGGAGCCAACAGCUUUAGCAGUUCCCAGCCCUUAGCAAUGCCUUAGCCGGGCCUCGCAGCUCACACUUUAGAGAGAAUGGCAAAUACAGAGAGAAGCGAUGUCUAAAGCAUCAGGAAAGGUAGAAAAAAAAUCUAUUUUUGUACAAAUGUAAUUUUAUCCCUCAUGUAUACUUGGAGGGUGCGGCGGGAGGGGGGCUUGUUUUGUUUCUGCUUCUAGAGACGGAGGCGAGAAGCUUUCUGAGCGAACGUUCGGACGUGAGGCGGAGCGGAGGAGGGGGCUCCCGGGACGGGGCGCGCAGGCUUCGGACGACCCCCGCCACGUCGCUGUGCGCCCUCCGGGCCAGGAGAUUGGGCCUGAGACUUUCAAGGGUUUUCUUCCCCUUUCGAGUAAUUUUUAAGCCUUGCUCUGUUCUGUCCGUGUUGCCAGCUGGCCUUCCCGCGACUCUGACUGUGAAAUUACUUGCCCACAUGAUUGUUCUCGAAGACACCGUGGCCGCAGGUGCCGGGAUGGAUGGAUCUUGGGAUUAGGAUUGUGGAAAGAGAAAGGCAAAGAAAAGCCGUGAGAAGAGAAACAAACAAAACAUGAGUGUUUAAAAAUACA